CUCCUGUAGGAUCUUUCAGAUUCUGUUGUUAAUAGAAGACGAGGAAGAGACGAAAUGGCUUACGCUGUGAGGUUUGCUGCUCGUGAAAUGUUAUGGAAACCUCGAUUAUUGACAACUUUGUCAUUAAAAUGUAUUCAACCCAUGGCUACAGCACCUGCCAAGCUACGACCAAAUGAGGACUUUUGGGUAAAAAACAAGCGUCUUGAAAGACCUCUAUCGCCCCACCUAUCUAUUUAUAAACCUCAGCUAACAUCAAUGCUAUCCAUCACACACAGAGGCUCAGGAGCAGCCAUGGCUUCAGUUUUAUGGGGAUUUUCUAUUGGAAUGUUAGUACUGCCAGGAAGCUUUCCUCAUUAUCUGACAAUGGUGCAGUCACUUCACCUUUGGCCAUCAUUUAUUUUCACUGUAAAGUAUGGUCUUGCCUGGCUUUUCUUUUUCCACAUGUGUAAUGCGGUUAGGCAUUUGGCUUGGGAUCUUGGUCAUGGCUUUGAAAUUAAAACACUGUACAAGACUGGAUGGUUCGUUUUUGGUACUACCUUUAUUUUAGCUGGAAUUGCUGCUUCAAUGUAAUAUAAAAUGUAAUGAUUUCUGGUGAGAACAGCAUUUAGAAUAUUGUAAUUCAUUCAUAGAUUUUGUUGGCUAUGUGAGAAAAUUAUACAACUUUAAUGAAAACUAAACACAAAGAACUGUACAGUAUCUUGUAAGUUCAAUAUUUAGUUUGCAUGAUACUUUUUUUAUAAAGAAAAAAAAAAAGAUACAAUACACAAGGUAAGGGUUUAUAUUCUCAAUUGACAAUAAUACUUUUAAUCAGGAUGUUGCUUCAUUGUAGGUUUUAAAAGUAAAUAGUUACUUUGUCUUCUGUGAUGUAAUUUAUAUGUCUUGCAUAUUGCUGUUCUAAUAUAAAACCACAAUUAUCUAUAAUGUUCGAAAUAUGUUUUAUCUUAAUUUUCCUUACAGUACUUUCUUAUUAUUAGUCUAGAGCAGUUGUAGUAACAGCUAAUAAAGAUUUUGUGCACACUUGAGUAACAAAGUAAAAAUGUAAUACAAAGAUGUAUUUGUACUAAAAUAGAGAAUUAAAAUAGUUUGGGAAUAAUGUA